CAAGAAAAUGUCACUACGCUCCAGGCAGCCGACAACUACGCUGACACGCUUGUGAAACUAAAGCGCUUCGAAGAAGCCAAGUCUAUGAUGCGCAAAAUGGUGCCCAUAGCACGACGCGUUCUUGGCGAUCGUCACACAACCACGCUCAGACUGCGGUGGAUUUACGCGAAGGCGCUCUACAAACACGGCACGGCCGAGCCCCGUGAUCUUCGCGAGGCCCUUGAGACAGUUGAGGAGACGGCACCGACCGCGCGACGCGUGCUCGGUGGCGCGCACCCCUACGUGGUGAGCAUGGAGGGAUCCCUGCUGACCAUGCGCGCUACGCUCCGCGCCCGCGAAUCAGGCGCUCCCUAA